UCAGUGACGGUGUGUCAAUGGCCGCAGAUGCAUCGGACAGGAAGGCUCUGAGAUACAAGCAGACCCUGCUCUAUGGGGAGUACCAGGAGCACCACGGGGCAUCGGGGAGACGGGAGGCCACGAGGCUGCUGACUGAGAGACAGAUCAAGAAACACGGCAGACACGACCACAGGAAGACACGCCACGCCCAUCACAGCCACGGACAUCAGCAUGGCUAUCACAGCAGGCAGCGGGCUAAACAUAAUGCCAACAUGGACAACGACAACAUCGAUGAGCAACCGCCUGAAGAAGACUUCAUCUUUUCCCUGAAGAAGAAGCGCUCCUACUCCAAAUGCAGAGACUGCAUAGCCCGGGUGCAACGGUUCCUUGUCACAAGGCUGGGGGAGGACUGGAUUUUCCUGGUUCUGCUUGGGAUCACAAUGGCGCUGGUCAGCUGGACGAUGGACUACGCCAGUGCGAAGAGUCUACAAGCGUAUAAAUGGAUCCAUGGAGAGCUGAGGGGGAACAUCCCCCUGCAGUACCUGGCCUGGGUCGCUUAUCCUUUGAUAUUUGUUCUGUUCGCCUCCCUUUUUUGUCACCUGGUUUCUCCUCAAGCUAUAGGUUCUGGUAUUCCAGAGCUGAAGACCAUCCUGAGAGGGGUGGUACUUAAGGAAUAUCUGACCCUCAAGGCCUUUAUUGCUAAAGUCAUCGGUCUGACUGCCGCUCUGGGCAGCGGCAUGCCAGUCGGAAAGGAGGGUCCUUUUGUCCACAUAGCCAGCAUCUGUGCAGCUGUUCUUAGCCGCUUUAUGUCCUUCUUUUCAGGGGUUUAUCAGAACCCAUACUGUUACACAGACAUCCUGACGGUGGGCUGUGCUGUUGGGGUGGGCUGCUGCUUUGGUACUCCGCUUGGAGGCGUGCUCUUCAGUAUUGAGGUAACAUCCACAUACUUUGCAGUGAGGAACUAUUGGAGAGGAUACUUUGCCGCUACGUUCAGCGCCUUCAUUUUCAGAGUGCUGUCUGUGUUCAACAAAGAUGCAGUCACCAUCACAGCUCUGUUUAGGACCAAUUUUCGUAUGGAUUUUCCCUUUGACCUGCAGGAGCUUCCAGCAUUUGCUAUUAUUGGGAUAUCCUGUGGGUUUCUGGGAGCUUUUUUCGUCUAUCUCAACAGACAGGUUGUGUUGUUCAUGCGACGGCCGAACGCCAUGACCCGCUUCCUCAUCAAACACCGGCUCAUAUUUCCCGCGGUGGUGACCCUCGUCAUCGCCUCUUUGACUUUCCCACCUGGCUUUGGACAGUUCAUGGCAGGAGAGCUGAUGCCCAGAGAGUGCAUCAACUCGCUGUUUGACAACUUCACAUGGACAAAGAUUUGGGGGUCGCCCCCGCCUGUGGGUUUGGGCCGCUCAGCUGCCUGGCUGCACCCCGAUGUCAGCGUCUUUGUGGUGCUGCUGCUCUUCUUUGUAAUGAAGUUCUGGAUGUCUGCUGUUGCCACGACAAUGCCCAUCCCAUCCGGGGCUUUCAUGCCGGUCUUCAUCCUUGGAGCUGCGUUUGGCAGGCUGGUGGGGGAGAUCAUGGCCACUUUGUUUCCCGAUGGGAUUGUGUUUGAUGACAUUCUGUACCGCAUCAUCCCUGGAGGGUACGCAGUCAUCGGAGCGGCAGCACUGACUGGAGCGGUGACUCACACUGUGUCCACAGCUGUCAUCUGCUUUGAGUUGACCGGUCAAAUCUCGCACAUCCUCCCCAUGAUGGUGGCGGUAAUCCUGGCCAACAUGGUGGCCCAGGGACUGCAGCCCUCCCUGUACGACUCCAUCAUCCAGGUCAAAAAGCUCCCCUACCUGCCUGAGCUCGGCUUUGGACACAUGAGCCAGUACAACACCUUUGUGGAGAACAUUAUGGUCCGAAAGGUGAAGUUCAUUUCUUCUCAGUCCACAUACAGAGAAGUCAAACACCUGCUGGACUCCUCCUCACUUAAAACUAUCCCCCUGGUGGACUCAAAAGACUCCAUGAUCCUGCUGGGCAGCAUCGACCGCUUGGAGCUUCUGGCUCUUUGUGAUUGGUGGUUGUCACCGGAGAGGAGACUCCUGAUGCUGGGUCGCAGUCUACAGGAGCAGAAUCCGUGUCCAAGACACAGCUGGGAGUCCUUUGCCUUCGUGGAUGAGGAAGAAGAAGAUGAAAAAGAGAAGGAUAAUUUGGUUCAGGAGGAGAGGAACGGCCCUCUGACCUCACCAAAACCACAAGAGCCUUCAUCAAACCACACUGCAUCAGCUGCAGAUGCCUGUGCCGAGAAAAAUCCUCUUCGGUCUGUGAGGGAAACGCUCCAUAAUCUGUUCACCUCCAACAGCAGGCGGCUGGAGAAAGAGCCACAGGAGCCCUGUUCUCCCCCCCUCUCCGACACCAUGACACCAGAUGAGAUCAGAGCAUGGGAGGAGGCAGAGAUGGACAAACCAGUCGAAAUCGAUGAGAUACGUGUCGAUCCAUCGCCUUUCCAGCUGGUGGAGAGGACGUCGCUACACAAGACCCACACGCUGUUCUCUCUGCUCGGACUCAGUCACGCUUAUGUGACCAGCAUCGGCAAACUGGUGGGAGUGGUGGCCCUGAAAGAACUUCAGAGGGCCAUCGAAGGCUCCACGCGUUACGGCGUGCGCCUCCGCCCACCCCUGGCCAGCUUCCGCGACAGCAACCACAAGCCUGUCCCCAAACCUUCCGCCUCUUCCCCUGCUCCUUCUCCAACCUUGACCUCCCCUCUCUCCCUCCAAGAGGUACCUGACAAUCCCUCUGCAUCAACCACCGGCCACCAUCACCAUCCUCUCGACCAUGAGCAUGAAACUGAGGUGUGGAUCGAGGGGGUGGACAGGGAGGCGAGGGCCAGCUCAGAAGACAGCAGCCUCACGAGCAACCUCAAUGUGCCUCCUUCAUCAACUCCUCCCCCAGUCCCUGCUCCCUCCACAUCCCCCCCUCCCUCUCCUUCAUCCUCCCUCCCCCUCUCUACCUUGAGGGUCACACAAGGACUCUGCGAGGGGGAUGAAGGCAGCGAUGAUGAGCCAAUGGUAUAGCUUUUUAUAAUGGAAAGGCUUUUUUUAACGUCUUGCUUCUUCUUUUCUUAUACCUCUUAGGUUCCAAACUCAGUUGGUCCACUCCUCAAAUCUCCAUCUUAUAAAAAGAUCUGUGUUGUAUUUUUUAUUUUAUUUUUUUAACUUUUUGCUCUGUUUUACUUUCAGUUUAUUUACUAAGUUAAGCAUUUUCAGGGUUUUACUAUUUUUCCCUUUGUACCAAAUCGCUUCAUCAGCUCGCUGAUAGUUGAGCUCAUCUCAUCUCAAAGACUUUAUGAGGUAGACAUUCAUCCCAUUUCAGUCCCAGUUCUUCAAACAUUUCGUAUACGAAGAUUGUUGUCUAUAACUUUAUAUUUUCUCUUCAAUACCUGAUUAUUAAAAGUUUAAAGAAGGGGUUUGCUCUGAGUAGAGAAGCAGAGGUGAAUCAUCCUUUUGAGUGUCAGCAUCCAGACAGAAGAAAAGUGAUGGAGUGGUAGGUGACGUUUGGCUGUUUUGACCUCCACAAUGCAUCCUCAGAGCUUAUGCCAUCAUGUUUUACUUAAUGAAGAAAGCAGCUACAUGCAGAGCAUUUUUGUCCAACAGGAUGCAUCCCCAGGUUUCUCAGGUGCUGCCAUAAGUCUUUAACAUCAUGUAUUGUGAAGUAGUUUUUAUGAGUGAAUAAAUAUAUUUAUUUGUUAAGUGUAAUGUUUUUCCCCAAAGCUCUUUUGUUUGCCAACAAUUGUUUUAAGUGUACUUUAGCAAAUGGGUUUUUGAAGCUCAUAGAACGGUGAACAAUAUGGCAGAAUAAAAAUGUCCCUUCAAAUUUGA